AUGAAUGACGUAUUAUCCUUUGAGACUACUACAGCUAAUCGGAAACAAGACAGCACAACUAACCAAUCAUUUUUAUCUGAGGAGGAUAUAGAUGAAGAUAUUGAUCAAGAUACUUGUGGAACACUAACAGAAGAUGAACAUAUAUUUGAAAGAUCAGCCGCCUCUACUUCUAAACAUGCUUUAAACUUCACCAACAUUUGA